GGCUCGGGGCGGGAUGCGUGGCGCCGUGGGCGGGUAGGGGGUGUAACGGGGCGCCCCCCAACGGGGCGUUUAGAGAGGGAUGCGGGAGCGGUAGGGGCGCUGGGGCCCAGUGGGGGCAAUGGAGACCCAUAGGGGCUCAGUGCCCCACGGCCGUGGGGGUUUCCCCGUGUGCUCCCCAGGUUCCACCCCGCGAUGGUGGAGCCGGGCUGGCUGCUGUCCCCCCCCGGCCGCCCGUACCUGGCCUCCAUCCUCCACAAGAACCAGCGCAGAGUUUUUGGGCUGCUGGAGCGCCCCGCGCUGCCCCCCGCCCUCAGUGUCCCCACGGUCACCUACAAACUCUUCGUUUCGGGACGCAGCGGGGUGGGCAAAACGGCGUUGGUGGCAGCGCUGGCUGGGAGCCCCGUGCCCCCUUUGCACCGAGAGACGUUGGGAAUCGAGGUGAGCACGCUGUUCUGGCCCGCCGUGCCGCUGGGCUCCGAGCGCCCCGUGCUCUUUCACCUGCGUUUCUGGGACUGCGGGGAGAGUGCCCUGCGGAAAUUCGAGCACCUCCUGCCCGCCUGCAGGGAGGAGGCGGACGCCAUCCUUUUGCUGUUCUCCUUCACCGACCGCGCGUCCUUCGAGGAGCUGCCGGCGCGGCUGGCGCGUGUGCUGCAGCCCGGCGAGGACACGCUGCGUGUGGUGGUGGGCACCAGAUUCGACCUGUGUCCCCACACUGCUGUGACGGAGUCGGACGUGGCUGCCUUCGAGGACAGCUGGGGGCUGCGGGUGCUGCGGGCAGGGGGUUCUGGGGUGGGCCGGGGGGGUCUGGCGCGGGUGGCCCCACUGCUGGAUGCCCUGGUGGGGCAGCUGUGGCAACGAGACCAGAUGGCAGCUGGUGUCAUCCCAGAGGGUCAGGGGGCCCCCGAGGACUGAACCCCGUUUUGGUGGGGGGUUCCAUGUUUUGGGGGCGCGGGAGCCCCUCACCGUGGCGUCUGGGCUCCCCCUGCCAUUAAACAGUAUUGGUUUUCCAAA